AGUGCUGGUUGGCCAGCCUGCUAGGGUGUCGGCAGGAGUGGCAGUUGGGAAGGGGAGAAGGCUGUAGUGGAAACGAAGAGUUUCGCAUACUGCCGAACAAUUUUGUAGUAUGCAAAAGAUGCUGACCUUAAUUGCCAACGUGCUCAAAGGCAGUGCCGCCAAGAAUGGAACAGCUGCUGAGCAGGCAACCCGUAUUGUGGUAGCAACUCGGACGUAUGCUGACUUUGCAUCUGAAGCCACUUUUGACAUUAAGAAGUGUGAUACUCACCGUCUUGAAGAUGGUCCUCCUACCAAGUCAGUUCUGACACGAGAGGAUGCUUUGAAAUACUACAGAACAAUGCAAGUGAUCCGCCGCAUGGAACUCAAGGCAGAUCAGCUGUACAAGCAAAAAAUUAUUAGAGGCUUCUGUCAUUUAUAUGAUGGCCAGGAAGCAUGUGCAGUUGGAAUUGAGUCAGGCAUCAGGCUUACAGAUCACUUAAUCACUGCAUAUCGGGCACAUGGCUAUACUUAUACUCGAGGGGUGUCCGUACGUGAAAUUUUGGCUGAACUUACAGGAAGAAGAGGUGGAUGUGCCAAGGGAAAAGGUGGCUCAAUGCACAUGUAUGCUAAAAAUUUCUAUGGUGGCAAUGGUAUUGUAGGUGCACAGGUACCUCUGGGUGCAGGUGUUGCUUUGGCCUGCAAAUAUAAAGGAACUGAUGAAGUCUGUGUGAGUCUGUAUGGAGAUGGUGCAGCUAACCAGGGUCAGAUAUUUGAAACCUAUAAUAUGGCAUCUCUUUGGAAGCUACCAUGCAUCUUUAUUUGUGAAAAUAACAAGUAUGGAAUGGGCACAUCAGUGGAACGAGCAGCAGCCAGCACAGAUUAUUACAAGAGAGGAGAUUUCAUACCUGGCAUUAGAGUUGAUGGUAUGGAUGUCCUUUGUGUGAGGGAAGCCACAAAGUUUGCUGCAGACCACUGUCGAUCUGGGAAGGGACCGAUUGUAAUGGAACUGCAGACUUACCGCUACCAUGGGCACAGCAUGAGCGACCCUGGGAUCAGUUACCGUACAAGAGAAGAGAUUCAGGAAGUGAGGAGUAAGAGCGAUCCCAUCUCGAUGCUCAAGGACCGCAUGCUGAACAACAAUCUAGCCAGUGUGGAGGAACUAAAGGAGAUUGAUGUUGAAGUGAGGAAGGAGAUUGAAGAGGCUGCUCAGUUUGCAACUACAGACCCCGAGCCCCCACUUGAAGAACUGUGCAACCAUAUUUUCUAUAAUGAGCAGCCAAUGGAAGUCCGUGGCACCAACCCUUGGAUGAAACUGAAAUCCAUCAGCUAAAGAGAAAGACGGUCUGUUACUCCGAUUAAGUGUUCAUUCAUGCCUUGGUGUCGGCCAUCACGUCUUUACACAUGAAAACCUUAUGAUACAGCCUGACAUGAAUUGGCUGAACUUAUUUUAGGAGAAUUUUUAAAAGACAUUGUUGCCCUUAAACAUGCCACUGUCCUGUUAAGAUGCCAUGCGUUUUACAUUGUUCAACAGAUUUUCCUCUGAUCACGCCCAGAGGAGACCACCCAGCCUGGAGUUUUGUUACCCUAAAAUAAAAACUGUGGAUUUAUUUUUCUUUCCCUUAA